UGCUAAUAUGGUUUAUUACAACGAGGAAGUUAAAGUUUUUGUGUUCCCCUAAUUGAUUUCUCCUUGAUUUCGCAAUUUGUCAAUAACAGGUACGCGUUGUUCGAAAAGUGAAUUUAAAUGACAAUGCCUAAUCGAUGGGGCUUAGUAGCUCGUGGAAUUUAGAUCAGUGAACAUGAGGCUUUGGGGGUGUACUGCCAUGCUUGUGUUCUCCAUUGUUUUGUUGCUUUGGACUGAAUCAGCGUUGGGACAGACAACAGAACCAGAAUACGAAUAUGAGUACUACUACGAUGACGAAACCACUACGUUAUCUAGCGAGGCAGCCACGUCGACAACAACAACUACAACCACGACUACGAGAACAACUACAAAAAGGCCAUCAACUACAAAACGUAAUGGAAAUAUCGUUUUCACUACAAAGAGGCGCAACAUGGCUCAAAAAUAUCAAUAUGUACGACCAGAUGUGAUUGUAAACAUAAUUUCGGACAUGUAUGGCUUAAGAGGUAUGCGGAUAAAUGGACAGCCAUUAGGAUACGGUCAACGUUAUAUGGGAAGUUCUGGAUAUAGAGGGUACACAAGUCGAUAUUCUUCUCGAUACGGAAGGCCCAUUGAUUAUUGGUACACUAUGCGCUCAGACCCUUACGGCUCUGCUCAACGGAGAAAACCUUCAAUGAUAGAUUACAACGACGACUUUAACUCGGAUUAUAAUGAUUACUAUUACGAUCUCUACUCUAAGCCAAAAAAUCGAGCCGAAACUCAGCGUAAAGGAUCAAACCGCGCUAUCUUCAAUUUCAUGUUGAGCGCACUGAAUAAACGGAGGAAUUAACAAUGGUAGUUAUUUGCAUGAAAAUCAGCAUAAGUUAUAAAAAAAAAAUAAUAUUGUGAAGUCCAAUUAUGUUUAAAUGUAAUAAGAAUAAUGUAAGGAAAGACGAGAAGAUACGGUAUAAACAUACAAAAGACUUUUGAUUAUUUGGACGGUCUAGAGAAGAAU